AUGAGGGGAUGCCUCACAUGUCGUCUGCGCCAUCUGAAAUGUGACAAAUCCGGUUCGAAAUGUCUCCGCUGUCAACGCUCUGGUCGCGAAUGUGUGCCGGCCCCCGGCAAAUCUGAAGAGAUCUCUUUCCGACACGGCCAGAACCCAUCCUUGCGAAAGGGGCCUCCGAGAUAUGGCGAGAGUGAUCUUGCUUUCCCGGACGACCAGGUCUGGGUUGAAACGUCCUCCAGCUUCCACUUCAAGGACGAAACAGAUCAGACGGCAGCGGAAUACUAUGUUGUACCUGUGACAAGGCAGGCGUCGACUUCACGGUCAUCGUCUGAAAAUUCCACGCCUCCAUCGACGAUGGAUUAUUCAUUGGCAACUCCAACCCUCGUCCUUCCUGCUUUUGCAGGAUCUCAAUUGGGCUCUAGAUCGAAUUCUGGGAAUUCGUCACGUGCGACCACCACGCCCACGCCCAUUGGCCACCCGAGGCUAUCCAAUGUCACUGAAGCCUUUCUGUUGCGACAUUUUCAAAAGUACCUGGCGCCGUGGGUAAGUUGGUCUGUUAUCAAAUUCGCCGCCUUUCCACUAACAGCCCAGCUCGAUGCAUUCAAUCCCGAACGACACUUCUCAACAGAUGUCAUCGAGCGCGCGACCCAAUCCCCAUUACUACUGUAUGCUUGUCUCGCAGUCUCAGCAUGUCACCUAUCCCGAACAACAAACUCCAUCGCCGGCGAUGUCGCACACGGAUAUCAUGAGCGCUGUAUCUCAAUAAUGUUGCCGGUCCUCGACAAGCCCGAGUUCGAAAUCGGAAUCGACAUCCUCCUCUCGUCAACCGUCAUUCUACGAUUCUUCGAAUCAAUCUCCUCCCAUAGUCCCCCAAACGACCAACAACACCAUCUUCUGGCCGGUUCGGUAUACAUCAGCUCCCACGUGGACUCAGCUAUCUCGGGCGGACUGGCAUCGGCUUCUUUCUGGGCCUAUGUCAUUCAAGAUAUUCAAUUCGCGCUCACGUACCAGAAAUGCCUCCGCUUAACAUUCGCGCCGUUCGAUGACCGCCUGCGACGAUGGUGGGCCGCCAAACCUGCCCUGAGCGACGGAGACUGGACAAACCGGGCAAUCUGGCUAUUGGCCGAGACUAUCGAUUUCUGUUAUAAUAUCUCCGGCCGAAGCCAUGACGGUAGACUCGGGAGUGCGGGGGAGGCUGCGCUCAGGCACCGCAUUCUUGAGUGGGAGCUUGGUCGACCGGAUACGUUUGUGCCGUUGCAUAUCUCGCCGGCGGAUCCUGGGAAUGGGAAACCUUUUCCUGUUGCGUGGUAUACGAGCCUGUGGCAUGCUACUGCGGUCCAGCACAUCUGUCUCACUAAAUCGUUGGUGCUCAUUCGCGAACUUGAGUUUUAUGAUCGGAGCAUGUUGCAUUUAGAGCAGCCUGUCAAGUUAAGGCAUGAUCUGGCCGAAACACUUAAUUUCAUGUUCGGCAUCGCCACAUCUGCCGACGACGAUCCUUCACUGCGUAUCACGGCUUGUCACGCACUUUUUGCCUGCGGCUCAUGGGUGGAAGACCCUGUUGUACAGACUUUGCUGAUUGACCUCCUUCGUCGAACUGAAAGGGAAAACGGCUGGCCGUGGGGAUAUAUGCGCAACCAGGUCAUGCAAGCGUGGAGGCCGAUAUAG